CUCUUUUUUGCUGAGGAAGAUUCAUCCUGGGCUGACAUCGGUGCCCAUCUUCCUCUACUUUAUAUGGGAUGCCGCUUCAGCACGGCUUGACAAGCGGUGCGUAGGUCCGUGCCCGGGAUCUGAACCUGCGAACCCCAGGCUGCCGAAACAGAGGGUGUGAACUUAACUGCUAUGCCACCGGGCCGGCCCCCAAAUUCCUCAAUUCUUUAUGUCACCGUUUGAAAAGUUAUUCUGGGAACUUCUGGGCAGUGUGACAGAGUGAGCUCACAUGGAAGGGAUUCCAUUCUGCUUCCAUAUAUUUCAAAUGCUGGGUAAAAUAUAUUAAAAUAAUUUAUGGAUAUGUGGCUGAGCUAGGAACCAAGAGAAGGAAAUCCCCAGGUGCCAGAAAGGAAGGAAUGUUCACAUAGGAAGCCACUGUUGAGCAUCUGCCGAAAGCUGAAAGUCACAAAGGAGUACUGUUCCAGUUACUAUGACUGCAUAACAAAUUUCUCCAAAACUUAGGGGUGCAAAACAACCAUUUAUUGUGCUCAUGGAUUCUUUGGGUCAGGAAUUCGGAUAAUACAGAGCAGGGACAGCUUGGCUCUGCUUCACGAUGUCUGGGGUCUUGGAUGGAAGGCUUGAAGGCCUGGGGCUGGAGUCACCUGCAGGCUCAAUCACUCCUAUGUCUGGUGGUUGAUGCUGGCUGUGGACUGAGACUUGAGCUGUGGAUGUCAGCUGGAACCUUUAAAUGGUGGCCUCUUUCUGUCACCUAGAUUCCUCAGAAAGUAGUGGCUGGGUUUCAAAGGUGAGUGGCCCGAGAGAGAGAGCCAGUAGAAAUCAUAUCACAUUUUAUGACCUAACCUUGGAAAUCACACAAUGUCACUUCUACUGCAUUUUGUUUAGUGAGGAAGUUCGUUUCUGAGAGGGGAACACAGACCUCACCUCUUGGUGAAGGAGCGUCAACAUCACAUUGAAGGAAGAACACGUGAGAAUGGAUAUGUAUUAGUGCAUCCCUUGAAACAUAGAACCUGCCAUAAGUACCUUGACACAGAGAUGCAUCUCACUUUCACCAGCAUCGUUGAAAGAAGGAAAAAAAAUGCCAGUGCUAUCUCCUGAAAUCAAAUUUGAGACUUCUAAUGUCACCAGAAAUUCCCUUGACAGUCGUUUUCUCUUUGAGAGUAGUUGGAGGAAAGCAGUUUUAGCAACACACAAGAUGAGGAAAGAAUAUACCACAGCAUUUGGUCUAAAAGAGUUCAAAGAAUGUGUCAAAAUGCCAUAUUUACCAGGAUUGCAAAGUUGCCAAAAAAAUGUAAGUUCAACUCCGCUAGAGCUUCAUGAAAGACUGCUGCAUGCUGAUCGUGAGAUGCCCCCAGUCAGCCAUUCCAGUGAGAACAUGUCGAGUUGCCUGCAAGUAUUUUAUUCUCCUCUGCAUAUUGCACAGCGCCCUGUGAAAGAACAGCCUGGGCAAAGCAGGGAAGUACUCACUUCUGUCUGUCUUGUGUCCAAUCCCUUACUCCCCUUUUUUUUCCUCAUAUGAAUAUUUGAUUUUAAAACCAAUAAAAGCCUCAUGUUUUCUCAAAUUCCUUUAAUGAUAAUCAGAAUUUUUCAGUGACUCUCAAGGCACACUUUGGUAAUAUAACUGAAAAUAGUAAUCCAGAGGUGAAGAGCAUUUAAAAGUUCCACAGACUGCUAAAGUUUAAUAUAGUUACACAAAAUUUGGAGUUCUUAUGGAUUAUCUCACCCACAGCAGAUUCAAUCAUGACAUAUUUCCUAUAAUAACCUACUUAUUAUCUAGGUUUAUUCUAGUAGGAACAAAAGUUAAUUAUGACAAAAUUCAGAUUGUGGUGAUUAGUAGGUAAAAAGUACACAAAUAAGUGGUAGUUGGUAUCUGGCAUAUCCAGCUCUACCCUGUUAAUCUAAUCUUGAUUCCCUUCCACUCAGCAUCCCCUGAAUCGUGAUUAAUGAGAGUUAAGAUAAAGAUAAGUGAAUAUAAAGAUGGGAAAAGUUGGUCAUAACUCUCAUCCACUGGUAAAAUUUAUUAGCAAAAACCGUGAUAUUGAGUUGGUUCAUAUCUGCUUCUGAUUGGGUUAGUUGUGAUGGAAGGAGUUUUCUUUCUUGAAUGUUUAUUUAAUUUCCAUGUGAUGUCCUUCAACAAGUGAGUUUCACUGAAAGUGUGCUUCUUGUCUCUUAUUGUAUUUUUAAAAAUUACUUACCCUGGAUUUAUAUAAAAGUGAUUUUAUGAUAAUC